GUAUAUAAACUGCGGCGGCCGCGAGAUGAAGCAUAGUUUGAUUUUACAAGCGACAAGCGAUCUUGAAACGAAGCAAAGUAAACCGCGAUUUAAUCGAGUAUUUUUCAGUGCGAUUUUUCUCACUAAAGUGUUAAUUCGUGAAGUGUUAUUGUUCGUGCGUUAUACGUAUUCUUGAACGUAAUCGUAACUUUAUCCGCGAAGUUCGAAAAUUUUUUCGUGUGUGUCGAUCGUAAAUCUAUUCGUGAAACUAAUUCAAAAUGAAGAUGCCAGCAAUUGGAAUUGAUUUGGGUACCACGUACUCCUGCGUCGGUGUAUGGCAGCAAGGCAAAGUCGAGAUCAUCGCCAACGAUCAAGGUAACCGUACAACACCCAGCUAUGUGGCGUUCACCGACAGCGAACGAUUGAUCGGAGAUGCGGCCAAGAACCAGGUAGCAUUGAAUCCUAAAAACACCGUAUUCGAUGCUAAGCGUUUAAUCGGCCGUAAAUUCGACGAUCCGAAAAUCCAACAAGAUAUGAAACACUGGCCGUUCACCGUCAUCAACGACUGCACCAAGCCGAAAAUCCAAGUCGAGUUCAAAGGUGAAAAGAAGGUCUUCUCGCCCGAAGAAAUCAGCUCGAUGGUUUUGACCAAAAUGAAAGAAACUGCCGAGACGUAUCUGGGAGGUAAAGUCAAAGACGCCGUUAUCACAGUUCCCGCGUAUUUCAACGAUUCGCAAAGACAAGCCACCAAAGACGCCGGUGCCAUCGCUGGUUUGAAUGUGUUACGUAUCAUCAACGAACCGACAGCUGCUGCAUUGGCUUACGGUCUAGAUAAGAACUUGACCGGCGACAAAAACGUACUUAUAUUCGAUCUCGGUGGUGGUACGUUCGACGUGUCGAUCCUCAGCAUCAGCGAAGGCUCGCUAUUCGAAGUUCGCAGCACAGCCGGCGAUACUCACCUAGGAGGUGAAGAUUUCGAUAACAGAAUGGUGAAUCAUUUAACCGAAGAAUUCAAACGCAAGUUCCGUCGCGAUAUCUCCGGUAAUCAUCGAGCCCUCAGACGUCUACGUACCGCAGCCGAACGUGCCAAACGAACGUUAUCGUCCAGUACCGAAGCCAGUAUCGAAAUCGACGCUUUAGACUCCGGUAUCGAUUUCUACACGAAGAUAUCCCGAGCCCGAUUCGAAGAACUAUGCUCAGAUUUAUUCCGAUCAACCUUGAUACCGGUCGAGAAAGCUCUACAAGACGCCAAGCUGAGUAAAAGCGACAUCAACGAGAUCGUGUUGGUUGGCGGCUCGACCAGAAUACCUAAAAUCCAACAACUGCUGCAGAACUUCUUCAACGGUAAACAGCUCAACUUGUCGAUCAACCCGGACGAAGCUGUAGCUUACGGUGCGGCAGUCCAAGCGGCUAUUUUGAGCGGAGAUCAGAGUUCGGCCAUUCAAGAUGUCCUGUUAGUAGACGUAGCUCCGUUAUCGUUGGGUAUCGAGACAGCCGGCGGAGUGAUGACCAAUUUGAUCGAUAGAAAUAGUCGAAUUCCGUGCAAGCAGUCGAAAACAUUCACUACUUACGCCGAUAACCAGCCUGCCGUUACCAUUCAAGUAUUCGAAGGUGAACGAGCCAUGACCAAGGAUAAUAAUCUGCUCGGUAGAUUCGAUCUGACCGGAAUACCUCCUGCUCCUCGAGGCGUACCUCAAAUCGAAGUAUCGUUCAACUUGGACGCCAACGGUAUCCUGAACGUAUCAGCCAAAGACAACAGUACCGGUAACACGAAGAGUAUCGUCAUAAAGAACGACAAAGGUAGAUUAUCGAAGGAGGAAAUCGAUCGUAUGGUCAACGAGGCUGAAAGAUACAAAGCCGAAGAUGAAAAACAACGCCAACGAGUCCAGUCCAGGAAUCAGUUAGAGGGUUAUAUAUUCAACGUGAAGCAGGCUCUGGACGAAGCUGGAAGUAAAAUACCCGACAAUGAGAAGGAUUCCUGCCGUCAAGAGUGCGAAAAUGCUCUCAAAUGGUUAGACAACAACUCUUUGGCUGAUAAAGAGGAAUACGAUCACAAGUACCAGGAACUACAACGGGUAUGUGCUCCUGUGAUGAGUAAAUUACAUCGUGGCGCGAAUGGCGAAUCUAGUCAACCGAAUGUUAGCGAAGUUGAUUAAUUUUUAUCGAGAUUUUUAAAAUAUUUUUACGUUCCUUUAUUCUAUAUUAAAGAGUCUCAUUUCAUUACUUUCUAGUAGCAUUUCGUUUACUUUCAAUACUUAAUUAGAAUUAUGUAAUUAUUUUUAGUUCAUUUUUCAUCGAGAAGACUGUUUUAUGUUUGUAGCUAUUCUUUUAUAUUUUUAAUAAAUUAUUUUUAUACGAAA